UUCUAAUUGCAACAACUACGCAGUCUGUCUCUCUUUGAUGUUGUCGAUCUGUGAUUCAUAAUGUCCAUGAGAGUCAAGAAAGAGCCGCUCGAGCGCGUCUGCUUCUUCAUGAAGAUCCGCCUAGUCUUAGCAAGCCGAAAAAUGGGCCGGGGUUCGUAUAGUCUUAGCCCGGAAGAGGGCCGCCCCCGCUCGGUGGCUAACCUUUAAGAAGACUACCGGGGCGAAGCGCGCGGGUGCGACGAUGCCAGCGAGCCCGAGACAGGGGGGGAAUGUGGCGACGAGCGCCCGCUUCCUCUUCUUCUUUUGUUUCCUCGUUUCUCCCUUUGUUUUUUUUUUGGUUGACGCGUCUCCUUCUUGCGUUAUUUCUGACGUGUCUACUAGACUACUGCGCGCGCCUCUUUAAAAUACUUGCCUUUUAUUUAAUGUGAAUUCAUUGGUUGGCCCCACUGCUAAAAGGAAAAGUAAGGUCUAGGUCUUUUUUUUCAUCGAAAAUGGAAGAGACUGAAACAAGGUGUUUGACUUAUUAGAGCUUCUUCUUGUAAAGUAAGCCCCAUCAAGUGCCCGC